UCCAUAUACAGCGAGCCCCAGGAAAUGUCAGGAAGCGGCCAGAACUUUAAGCCGUGAAUAUAAAAUGAGCCGCAGCUCUGAGCGGCCGCAGCACUGAGAAGCAAGACAGCCCAGAACAGGCAGAUCGUCUGCAGCUGAACUCUGACAAGAAGCUCCCGGGAAAAGCAGCAGAAGAUGUUUCCUCUGAGCCUCCUCCGGUCCCCGCACAGCCCGCUGUGUGUCUGCACGGAGCCGGCACUCACACUCUGGCCAGCUACGCGCCUCAUCUUUGGGCAGCUGGAAGAUGACAUGCUGAGCAUGAGGAGCGAGAUGGAGAGGAGAAUGCAGCGCGUCAACCAGGCUUAUCAGCUCCUCUCUCAGGACGCGGACACGAGAAGCAGAAUAGCCCAGAGCAGACAGUCAGCGGCCAAAGAAAGCGAGAAGCUCCGUCCCAAAACAGAUGAAGCAGGGAAGGAUCACUUUGAGCUCAGCCUAGACGUCAGUCGCUUCUCUCCCGAAGAGCUGACCGUGAAAACUGAAGGAAGGAGACUGAUUGUGAUGGGAAAACAUGAGGAGAAAAGAGAUGCCGAGGACGGAAGCCGCUUCCAUGAAUACCGAGAGUGGAGGAGAGAAGCGGAGCUCCCGGAAGAUGUGAAUCCUGAGGAAGUGAUGAGUUCUCUGUCCCAGGACGGAAAGCUCCUCAUUCAGGCUCCUCGCCUGGCGCUGCCGGCAGCUGCUGCGGAGAGGACCACCUCCAUCACCACGACCCAGACACCGGUAAAUGGAGAGGGGAAGAGCGCCGAGCCCCGGAACAGCAGCGAGAAAGAACAGCCAGAGACCGGAGCUCAUUCUUCAUCAUAGACAU